CAGCAGCAGGCUGCGGAUCAGGGAAGGAGUGGGGCAAGGCAGCAAGGACAGCCUGGCACAGGGUGGCACCUGUGUCCCUGGGCACAGCCCAACACAAUGCCAAGGACACGCCCUGAGUGCUGAGGAGGAAGCUCCCAAGAAACGGUCUAAGCAGAGGAUUGGGCAACAGUGCGAAGCUGAUAAAGCAGUGACGACAGCCUCUGACAGCAGGAGGGUUGUGGGUGGGGUGAGCAGCCCGAGACGUGGCAGCCCCCAGGGCCUUGGGCCGGGCCACUGCCCCUGUCCCCACCCAGUGCCCCGUGAGGGCAGCUUUUGUGUUGGGCUGACCAGAAGGGACACCAGCCCGUCUCACACCAGAUCCCCCCAAACCGCUGGAGAAAGGGCACGCUUUCCAAGGGCCCAGUGACUGCGUGCCAGGCUCCCUGCAGGUCCUGGGGACCCCACAUUGCAGCCCGUAGGAGCACACCCUGUGUCCUUGAGCCCUUGGUCCCCGAGGAUCGAGGGCUGGUUUGCCAACCCUCCCCCAGCCAUGGAGCCAGCCGGCCCGUGUGGCUGUGGAGGGCUCAGCCGCAGGCAUGAACCUUGACUAGAGACUGGGGGGCCAGGAGAGGCCCCAAGGUGGUCUCUGCUCAUAGGAGCCCUCUUGAUUCGAGGGCCACAGACAGGUGCCUCAGCUACCGAAAGACAAGCGCUUGGCGCCAGAGUGACAGUCAGUGAGUGGGGCGUUGGCCUUGUACACGACUGACCGGGUUCGCUCCCUGGCAUCCCAUAUGGUACCCUGAGCACCGUCGGGACUAAUUCCUGAGUGCAGAGCCAGGAGGAACCCCUGACCCAAAAAGGUAUGAUCCAAAAAGCCAAACAAGGGGCACAGCGGGGAGGGCGUUUGCCUUGCACACAGCCGACCUGGGCUCUGGCGGGUCGGAGGUGGGCAGCGGCCAUCAAGAGCACAUGCCUUUUCCAGGGGGUGGGGGAACCUCUUGGGCCACACCCAGCAUCCCAUAUAGUCCCUUGAGCACCACCAGGAGUAAUUCCUGAGUGCUUGAGCCAGGAGUGACCCCUGUGCAUUGCUGGGUGUGACCCAAAAAGAAAAAAAAAAGCCAAACAAAACAAAACAUAAACAAACAAACAAAAAAAAACAGACAAGGGCCUCUGGUGGCAGGCAGAGGUCUCAGGCCGCACCUGACCGUGCUGCGGGACCAGCGGUGGCCAGCACUACCCUCUCCCUGCCCUGUGGAAACCAGGAAACAGAGGGUCAGUGUUACGGAGGCUGGGCCUCCUCCUUCCACUCCUGUCCUGGGAAGCGCAUCGCCACCCACAUCUGGAAUUGGUGGGCAGCAGCCGUGAGAACAGCCAGUCUGGCCCGGGCGGGCGGCCCUCUGCCUCUGACCUGGCCCUGCUUAGCGUGAAGCACGGGACAGAGAUCGUCGGAAGCUUCCCUUUCCUCUCUGUCCACCAUGAUGGCACCCAAGGCCUCGCCACUGCAGGCCUAGACUCCAGUGCCAGCUCUAACCCCGCCUCAUUAACACCAGAAGAAACCCCCAACAGCACCCGCACACGGCCUGGACACUGGGUGUGGCCACAGGCAGUGGGGGACGUCUGUCCGGACCGGCAGAGGGCCUUGUCCUGAGGCUCCAGCUGUGACAGCACCUCAGGAGGCCCAGCAGGGAGCACCCCCCUUCUUCCUGCGAGCCCCCACUCCUGCAAAACAGCCUGGGAGACAGCGCAGGAGCGAGGCUCCCGGAAUCGGCCUUGAGGAAGAGAAUGGACCCAGGGGACCCCAGCAGCCCUGGCCUGGCCACCGAGCCUGCCGGGGACCCUGCCUCUGAGUGUCCUCUCAGGGGCCGGGACCCCCGCCCGUGUCUGCAGCAGCCCCUGCACUCGCUGUGUCUCUCUGGAAACCAGCAGCAGGAGGAGGCCUGGCAGGUCUUUGCUGCCCUGGACGACCCUCGGGUGCAGCUGCUGGACCUGCUGGAAGGCAGGAAGCGCUGGCGCUCCAAGAGCUCCUCCCCGGAGGCCUGGAUCACCCGCGAGCUUCAGCACUGGCUGCAGGCAGCACCCCCGGCUGGGGCCCACCUUGCCCAGGGGGAUGCAGAGUUGACUCAGCUGCAGGCCCGGGCCUGCUGCCUGAUCAUUGACAGCCCCCCAGGCCUGGUGGAGCCCCUGGUCAGCAUCUUCGAGCUGCAGGACACAGCACAGAGACCCCUGCUGGGCCACAUACAGCGCCUGCAGCAGGAGGGCAAGUUCAAGGAGGCUGUGCUGUUGGGCAUGAAGCUGAAGCUGCAGCCGGAACUGGAUGUGGAGAAGAUGAGCGUGCCCCUGCUGCUCCAGAACGACCUGAACCUCGUGGAGCGCUACGUGGCCGGCUUCCCGGAGCUGCAGCGCCGGCUGCUGGGCCUCAUGGACUCCUGGUGCCGUCCGGGCUUCAAGAUCGGUGUGGUGGCGAGUAGACAGUACCCACACGUGGCCUGCCAGAAACUGGAGCGGCUGAACCCCAGAGAGCUGAGCCGGCAGGUGCUGCGCCUCCAGAAGCACUAUGGCCUGGACCCGGCUCUGUGCCCUCACGCGGUCACCCAGCGGCGCCUGGCUGCUCUUCGCUACCUGUGUCACAAGCGGUUUGUAGAGGGAAGCCUGUCUCAGGAGGACUGGGUGGACUUUGUGCAGGACCUGGUGGGCCAGAGCGAGUGGCUGCAGAAGCAGCUGCUCCGACAGCUGGAUGUCCACAACGACGCAGCCACCGUGGCCCGCUGUGCCCUGGACCUCUCGCUGCCCGUCACGUGCCUGCCCGCGGCCGUGGCUGCAGAGCUGGGCCGGCUCCAGCUGGACGAGAGGACAGUGGAGGUGGCCUUGGAGGACCAGAAGGACGACUUCUACCAGCUCCCUAUACCCAGAGGCGCCAUCCACGUGCUGGCCUCCUCCGAGGACCUGGGCCAGCAUGAGGCCCGGCUACUGCAGCCUGGCCAGGUGGUUGGCGUGGACCUGGAGUGGAGGCCUUUCUUCGGAGUGGGGGACCGGCCCAGGCCGUCGCUCAUGCAGGUGGCCGUGGACGGUCACGUGUUCCUGCUGGACCUGCUGCGGCUCUGGCAGCCGCCGGGGGGGCCAGGGGCCCAGGCCUUCUGCCAGCUGGUGUCCCGGCUGCUCUCGGACCCCUCCAUCACCAAGCUGGGCUACGAGCUGGCGGGAGACCUGCGCAGACUGGGCGCUCUUGACCCCAGCUUGGCCCACGCCGCCAGGCAGCUCCGGGGGGCCGUGGACCUGCAGCUGGUGCACCAGCAGAUGCGGGAGAGAGAGAAACCCAAUGCGGAGGUUCCCGGCGGGCCGAGGGGCCUCAGCCUCCUGGUCCAGCAGGUGCUCGGGAAGCCCCUGGACAAGGCCCAGCAGAUUUCCAACUGGGACCGGCGGCCGCUGAGCGAGGGGCAGCGGGUCUACGCAGCGGCUGACGUCUACAGCCUGCUGGAGGUGUACCGGGAGCUGGCGGGGGACCUGGCCUCGAACCCCGGACCAGGGAGCAGGGAGAGCCACGCCCCACAGGAGGCCUCAGCCCUGCCCCCACAGGAGCCGGCGGCUGCGGCCCAGCCCGCGACCCCCGAAGUGCCGGUCCGCGCCUUCCGCGUGGUCUGCGACAACAUGCUGGGGGGCCUGGCGCGCUGCCUCCGCUGUCUGGGCGCCGACGUGACCGUGCUGGGCGCCCGCGACGGCCACCGCCGGGCGGCCGAGGUGGCCCUCCAGGAGGAAAGGAUCAUCCUGACAUCCGGGCAGCCUUACCACCAGCUGCGGUCGCUGGUGGGCCCUGGCCGCUGCCUCGCUGUGGACUGUUCCCUCAAGGCCCGGCAGCAGGCGGCCGCCGUGCUCAGGCACUUCCGUGUGCGCGUGACCCCCUCGGACAUCUUCCACCGCUGUCAGGCCUGUAACUCUGACCAGUACCUGAAGAUCUCCCGGGAGACCAUGGAGCAGCUGGUGGGACCGAGCCCCGGCCGCGCAGGGGAUGAGACCACCCAGAGAGAGGAGCCAGGCUCGACCCCAGAGGAGGCCCCGGGGGGCUACACCUACGACCCGCCGUGCCCCUGGCUGGAGCUGUCGGACCUGCGGAGCCGCACGCCGGCCACGCUGCCCAGCGGCGCCCGCCUGCAGCUGGCCGCCGUGCCCGCCGCCGUGCUGCGCAGGACGGACCUGCGCCGUUUCUUCUGCUGCGCCGGCUGCGGCAAAGUGUUCUGGGAGGGCUCGCACCUGGGCCGCGUGCUGGCCAGCCUCCACCAGCUGCUGGACGACGCCCCUGCCCAGUAAACGUGGGACGCCC